AUGGUGUCCCUGAGAUACGUACGGGAGCAGCAGGAGGCGGCGGUGCGGCGCGCGCGGUUCGAGGAGGCAAGACGUACCGGGAGUGCGAUGGGGGUGCAGCGGGCCCGCGCAUACGCGGCGCAGAAGACUGCGCAGGCGGUGAAGGUGCGAAACGACCUGCGCAAGCAGUGGGAGUGCGAGGUGCAGCAGCAGGCCGCCCUCAUUGACCGCAUCCUGUACGACGGACAGUCGAGGCUCGGUGAGGGGAUGCGGGGGGCGGCCGGACUUGCCGCGGCGCACCAGCAGCACGCGAGCGACGAGCUGGACGCGUGGGCGGCGGAGCACGCACUGGAGCGGGAGCGGCACCGCAUCGCCGUGGCCACAGAGCGCGUCACGCGGGCACUGCAGGAGGAGCCCCAUCGUGGCAUUGUGGAGCGCAAGAAGGCGGUGCGGGGGGUGGAGGAUAGACGCAGCAAGGCGAGGAUCGCGAGGCCGCUGCCGCGGCCGCCAUCCUUUGCCUCGCACAGCUCUCCGCUCACCGGCGCCCUCUCGCACACGGCCAUUGAGGGCACCUCCCCGCCUGCACCGGCUGCAACUGUGGUGAUGGCGGCCAGAGGAGGGGAAGACGCGAGUCCGGCGGCGGCGGCGCGCGGGGAGGCCGCUGCCGCGCAGUUUGGCGAGGAGCGCCAGCGAGAGCGGGCGAGUGAGAGGAGGGCGCUCCGGCAGGGUCAACGCGAGGCGGCGGCGCGGGCGGCGGCGCACUUGGCGAAGCGCGAGGAGGCGGCAAGGGAGGCACGCGAGGCGGCCCAGCGGAGGGCGGAGAACGCGGCGGCGCUUGAGCAGCGCAUUGCCACUGAGCCGCAGGAGGACAGGUCGAGGAGCGGCAAGGAGCUGGAGGCGCGGCGGGCGGCGGCGCUCAGGGCGCAGGAGGAGGCGGAGUUCGAGCAGAUGUUUCUCCGUGGGCCGCUGCCCCCCACCGAUGCCUCGACGGCCGCCGGCGACGCGGACGACGGCGACGCGGAGAUGCGCCUCUUUCCUCUCGCCGGUGCCGCGUGCCUCUUGCCGGGCGACGCGGAGGUUGUUGUGCAGCUGCGCCCGAGGCCUUUUCGCGUGCGCCCCGUCCCCGCGGAAGCGGCGUCGGAGGCGGGAAGUGACGCGCCAAGCGCGGAGUCUGCGGCGCCGCGGCCGACGCCGUUGUCCCCGCGGGCGACGUCCGCCGGGCGGACGCCGUCGCCGACCCGCACACCAUCGCCGACCCGCACGCCGCCGCACUCGCCGACGCCGAUUUCUUUGUCCCCCCCGGCAGCGAAGGCAGCCGCCGCACCGCCCGUGUCUCCCCUUGACGAGGCGCCGGGCCUGGCGCUGCACCAUGAGCAAUUCCUUCGCAACCUUAAGGCGCUGCAGGAUAAGCUGACGAGGGCCUCUGCCGCUGGCGCCGACGGCAGCGAGACGCAGGACGCCUCCGCCUUGCACGGGAACGUCAGUCUUAGCUCAAUGAGCUCUGCAGCCACGCCGGCGCGGCGCCCUGGCAAGGCGGCACCUGAGGAGGAAGAGACCGGCACCUCAAGCACCGACACCAGCGCCAACAGCGGCAGCGGCAAUGACAGUAGCAGCAUCAGCAGCGGUUCGUCCCUGUCAUCCUUGCAUUCCCGCUCGUACCCCACCAUGACGGCGGAACAACUAAAGGCCGCUUUGCUUCGACUGAAGUUGCGCAUGCGUUCGGUCUAG